UAGGCGGAAGGAAGGUGGGAGGAGGGCGCCCAACUGGGCUGCAAAAGCGCCCGCCGAAGGGCCAGCCACUUACCAACAGCACUGUUACUCGCGCCAAAGGGUCCCGCGUCGACCCAUCCGUCAGAAACGUCGCUAGUCCGACGGAUAUUCACACAAAACAACGCAGAAAAAACACUUGGCUGUCAGUGAUAGAGAUGUGUAGUCCGCCAUUACAAACUUACUAAACGAGACAAGAAAACUGUGCUGAUUGUAGUUCGCUCGCCAGCCGCAAGGUGGAAUAAUCCAAAAAUUCUCAUUUUGAAAGGGUAGUGCUUGAAGGAGUAGAAUGAAGUAGUGUUAUCAUUUGUAAAAUUUACUGUCUUAGAUGACACAUUUAAAGUAAAAUGUAUUAAUUUAUAGUUUUUUGACACAAUUUGAUGGGAUUUUAAGACUAUUUAUCAAUAUGAGUGUUGAGUAAAUGAAUAUCACUUUGUUUCGCAAAACUCCUUCUUAUACUCCUGUCAAAUGUUUACUUCUGAACAAAACACAUGUGAAAUUGAAGAUGAUCUAAUUUUUUAAAAUUUUUUAUCAUUCAAAGACAGAUCAAAGUGUUUAAGUUUUGAUUUCCAAUCUGUCAGGGAGGAAUGAAUGUUUUGAUUUAAAAUUUCCACGCUGACAAUUCGAAAAUUCCGCUGAAUUUUGACCAAAAUGUAUCGUGUGCCGAAAGUCAAUCGUCUCUUUCGUCGAAGUUUCUCCACUCCUGCAGGCACCAACCAACAACUUGUUGGCACCAACACAGCCUCCGACAUAAGAAAAACUUUUAUCGAGUACUUCGUCAACGAGCACGGACACAAAUUUGUCAAGUCAAGUUCUGUGAUGCCACCUGGAGAUGAUCCCACCCUUCUUUUUGUUAACGCCGGGAUGAACCAGUUCAAAUCGGUCCUGCUGGGCAAGGCCGAGCCCGUGACCCCAAGGGCUGUGAACAGCCAAAAGUGCAUCAGGGUUGGAGGAAAACACAACGACCUGGAAGCUGUCGGAAAAGACAGCACUCAUCACACCUUUUUUGAAAUGCUCGGCAACUGGUCUUUUUCCGACUAUUUCAAGGAAGAUGCGUGUAAAAUGGCCUGGAAUCUCAUGACUGGACCGUACGGCCUGGAUCGAGACAAACUCGUUGUGACUUAUUUCGGCGGCCACACAAAAUCCAAUUUGAAGGCUGACCAGGAUUGUGCUGAAGUCUGGAGGUCCAUGGGUUUGUUGCCGAGACAGAUCAUUCCCUUGGGGAUGGACGACAAUUUCUGGGAAAUGGGACUCGUCGGGCCGUGCGGGCCUUGCACUGAAAUUUACUACGUCAAAGAUGGCAAACUGAUGGAGCUGUGGAAUCUGGUUUUUGUUGAAUACGAGAGGAAGACGGACGGAGAGUUGCUGCUGCUUCCAAAAAAGCACGUAGACACAGGAAUGGGGCUGGAAAGACUAACCAGGGUUUUGCAAGGGGUGGACAGCAAUUACGACACAGACCUAUUCAAACCUCUUAUUAAAAUAGUUGAGAAGGUGUCGAAUAAAGAAAAGUACAGUGGCGUUUACAACGACGAGGCCAUUUUAGACACAGCCUAUAGAAUUCUAGCAGAUCAUUCCAGGGCCAUCAGCAUUGCUCUGGCAGACGGAAUGUACCCUAAUAAAAACCAUAGACUGAGAAAAAUUAUAGUGAAAUGCUUCUCUCUGUCCGAGACGGUGUUCAACAAGCAGGGAAUUGAGAUUCUCCCACUCCUUGUUGAAGGUGUCACUGAAAUUCUAGGAGAAUCAUAUCCUGAAUUGCAAACCAACCUCGGCAGAUCUCAGGAAUUGAUUCGGCAGGAGUUUGAAAGGUAUAAGGAAUUGAAGUCGCAGGCAAAGUCUGAGUGGGGGAAAGUCCUUGAGGAGUAUCCUUCUCUUCAGUCCCUGCCAGAUGACCACCCUGGUCUAGCACGAGCUGUGAAUAAAGUCAAAGAUUGUAAAGAAAUAAAUGGAAAGCUGGCCUUCUACCUGUACAGCAAAUUUGGUCUCGAUGAAGUCCUUAUUCAAAGUCUGGCCGAGUGCCUGGACAUUCCAGUCGACCUCGAAGGUCUUCACAAAUUGCGCAAUGCGGACAAAAUUAAAACCAUCGCAAGUUCCGAUAAUUUGGAGAAAAUCUUGGCCGAUGAACAUGUGCCACCGACUGGAGACCAAUCCAAGUAUUAUUGGGAGUACAGAAAUGGCCAUUACAUUUUUUCGGAGCAAAUGGACUGCAAAAUUUUAGCGUUGCUGCAGCACCAUACUUUGUUGCAACAAGUGAAGGCUGGAGAGAGAUGCACCGUUAUAGUGGACCAUACCCAUUUUUAUCACAAAUCCGGAGGACAAAUUUCCGAUUCGGGAAUUUUGUCUACCACCUCCGGCACUGGCGAAGUGGUUGAUGUGCAGAGACACGGUAAAUAUGUGGCGCACACUGUAAAUGUCACCGAGGGAACUUUAAGCACAGGCGAAAUCGGGAAACUGAAACUUAACACUGCAAAUCGGCUGGGCUGCAUGCAGAACCACUCGGCCACACACUUGCUGAACGCAGCCCUGCGCAAAUUGCUGCCUAGCGUUCACCAGAGGGCCAGCCUAGUCACCCCCAACUUUUUGAAUUUUGACUUUUCAACUCAAGUGGUGACGAAAGGGGGCGACCCGCCUACUUUGAACGACGAGCAGAUCCAGUUUUUGGAGGAUUUCGUCAACGAGCAGAUCAAAGCUGCCCUGCCGGUCGCAAGGUCGACUGUCAGCCUCACAGAUCUACCCCAGGGGACUGUAAAGACUCCUGGGGAAAAGUACCCCGAGACUGUGACUGUGGUCACCAUUGGCAAAGACGUGUCCAUCGAGCCUUGCUGGGGCACUCAUUGCAACAACACGGCCGACCUUUUACACUUCUGCAUCAUUUCGGAAACGUCGGACAAGACAGGGGCCCUGUCACUUCGGGCGCUCACAGGUCACAAGGCCCAGGCGGCGGUUCAGGAGGGAAGGCAGGCGGAGCAGGAGGUCAGUGACCUUCAACUGGCAGUCCAAGGAAGUUACAACGGCUCUAAAAUUAGUGAGAGUGUAAAAGUCUUGAUGAAUAAGCUUAAGGAAAAUGACGUUCCUCUGCUGGUGAAGAAGCGCCUCAUCAACUCUCUUAGUGAAAUUGACAAAAAGGUUUCUGGUGACAGAAAGGCAAUUUGCAAGGAAUUAGUGGAGAAGCACGUCAAGGAGUGUCUUGCAAAAUCCAAAUCUCCGUACAUUGUUUCGUUGUUGUCCAGCAAACAUUAUGAGCCUCUGAGUCUUAGACUCGCAAAUACGAUGUGCCUGCCUGACAAAGCGUCGUUAUUUAUUGCCAAAGACGGGGAUGGAUUCCUCAGAGGAAGAUGCGUCGUCCCAGUGGAUCUAGUUUCUGCGUCGUUUGAUGCACAAUCGUGGAUGUCCCCCGUUUUGAAAAUUCUCGGCGCCGAGGGAGGAGCGCCUCUGAAAAAAGACGGGAAAUCGCAUUUUCUGAUGAACCCGAAAAAAUUGACAGAUGAUUUUGACAGCGCCCUGCUCGACAAAGCGUUAAAAGAGGCUGAAAAUUACGCUCGAGCUUCCCUUCUGCUGUCAGCAUUACAAAGGGAACAGUGAAAAUAUAGAUAUUAAUUUAUUAAAACAAGU